CGCUUCAACAUGAAACUCUAUAUACACGUUUACCACGAGGAGAAAAUAUAAUGAUUAAUCAGUCCCACUCACUUACGAUUUCCAUAUUCGGAAAGGAUAUUACGGUGCGACAUAGUGUUUAUGUCUCUGCUCAUUUGCUUCUAAUUUAUUUAAGCAGCUGGUUAGUUAAUAUAAAAUAUAUAAAUAAAUCUACCUCAUUCUAUAAGCUUAAGCUUUUAGGACAAUUGGUGAUUUUAACAUCGUAUCGAGGUCCUGAGUUCGAACUCUGUCUCCGCACUCUUUAACUCUAUUAUUAAAAAUUUCACAUGCUGGGCUCAUUCACUAAAGGAAAGUCCGGCCCACAAGUGAGAGGAAGUGUAAGAAAAUAUAAAAUAUAUAAAUAAAUCUACCUCAUCCUAUAAGCUUAAACUUUUCGGAUAAUUGGUGAUUUUAACAGUUAAUAACUACAAUAAAUUAUGUGCAUUUCCCUAGAUUCCUACUCAUUCAAGGACUCUAUGUCCCAUUAAAUGGUGAUAAAUCUGAGGUCCAAAACUUCUCUCUUUCACAGACCUAGCCAAACUUGGUUGCAUCCCUAUACUUUCAUCAAAUUUUCUCAAUCUUUUUACCAUGUAUUCUUGUUUCUUCACAUUCUUGGCUCCUUUAUUCGACCCUGUUUUGGCAUAGCAGCUAUAUUUCGAUUCAUCCUCUUCUUCCACGGGUUUCAAAAUAGGACGUUGAACCCAUUUCAUAUGAUGGCACCAAUCAACCGCUGAAUGCUCAAUGCACCACUUGCCAAAUUUACUAACAAUGUUUUGACAGAUGGUGACACCUCUGCAUAAAUCUAUAGUCAUUUGUUGGCCAUAUUUGCUAAUAUACUCUUUCUUCUUUUCUCACCAUCCCUCUCCGCACCCCUGUCCCCAUGCGCCCCCACCCCCCCAAUAUAGAGUUCCUUGGUCCAAGCCUGACUCAUCCCAUAGCUAUUUUUAUUGAUUCAUACUGUAUGACAAGCAAAAUAACCAUUGGAUUCCCCCUAGUUUUGUCUGUUAGGACAUUUUUUUGACAAGAAUGAAGAGAUAAUGGCUUAAAGUUGAUCCUUGGUGUAGCGUUGUAGUUAUACUGCAAUUGGUAAAUUAGUUCGUGGCCUUUUUUUUGCAUUUAUCAUCUGGUCAGGAGGUCAUCAAGUAUCCUUAUUACAGUGGCUGCAGGAAGCAAAUGGCAAAGGAGUUGGCACAUUGGACCUUAGAUUUAGAUCUAGAUUUGACCCUUGAAGGUUUGGUUUGGCCGGUUCCCUUUUUCAGGUUGAUUGAUAUAUGAUGAUUUCACUUGUGGAAGACAUCAGACUGAUUAUAUGGUUAGCAUUCAUAAAAGUGAGAUUGUAAAUGACAGUGGACUCGUUAGGAAUGAACAUUCCUUGGUUUUCCGCUCCAUAGAGGCCUUGUUACGGUCAGCAAUACCUUAUGGUUGUUCAUAUAUCCAUAGAUGUAGGAAUAAACAGAUUAACAUUCAAUGCUGUAUUGAAGUUGAUUUGCAGAUAAACAAGUCCUUGUGGAAUUGGUCUUCUCUUGUUUAUUUUUAAAGAAAAUGGUUGUGCUGAAAGAUGAUGUAGCACUUCCUGCAACUUAUUCAUCAAAAUGACAGGAGAGGAGAUAUUGAAGAUUAUUAUAUCUGAAUGCAGUGGUCUCAAGAUAGAAGCAAGAUGUCUGCCAAUGCUGAAGCACCACCCAGGGGGAGCGCAGCUGCAGCUGCAAGCUUACGGAGGCGGCGGUCAUCUGCUGGUGGCGGCGCUGCAGGAGGUGGUGCAAGCACAAUGUUCCAGUUCUACACUGAUGAUGCCACAGGCCACAAGAUGUCUCCUAAUACUGUCCUUUUUAUGAGUAUUGGAUUUAUUGCUGUGGUUGCUCUGCUGCAUGUGGUUGGUAAGCUCUAUUUGGUUCAGCAAUAGAGCUCCAUAUGUGCAGUAACUGGAAUCUCACUAAAUAGUGUUUCUAUUAGCAUCAUAGACAUAGACAUGUUGAAUUUGGAGGGUCAGGUGAUUUACCAACUAUGUUAUGUGACUUGAGGGAUUUCAUUUUGACUGGAAAAUGGAAAAUUAUGAGGGUGAUAUAUUUUUUUUUCUUGAGAAAAGAAGUCAUGAAGUUGAUAGUCGUGCAUGUGGGCUUACCAGAAAUUAUAACAGCAGCAGUUCUAUUGUGAAAUGUCUUAUGAACUCUAGCAUACUGGAUGUUUUCUAUGACU